AUGCGGCGUGGAAGCCAGGAUACCCUGUCGCCUCGUUUGCCUGAACCGAGCGUCGACUCUGCCGAUUAUCAGCCCGAGGUUGAUGUGGAGCGGUUGGCGCAGCACUUUGCGCAGCGCUAUGGGAGUCUGGCGGAGGCACGCAAAGCCCUGGAUCCCGAGGUGGAGCUGAAAUUGGUUGAGUUCGAGCUGGCGCUCAAGAAAUGGGGUGUGAAGGUGGACAACGUCGUUCAUUUCUUUGCCCACAUCGAUGAGGAUUACAGUGGCAGCAUCUCAGUCGAGGAACUCUUGAAUGUGCUGGACUCGCCCUUGGACGAGAUUAAGCGUCGUGAGAAGCUUCGUCAAAGGAAUGAGGUCAAACGAAUCUUUGAGGAGAUGGCUCGCAGCAUUUGUGAGAAGUUUGGCAGCAUCGAGGAAGCUUUCCAGAAGCAUGGCAGCUGGUUGCAUUCGACGAGCUCCUCGCUAUCCCUAGCCCAGUUUGGGAGAUUGGCGAAGCAGCUGGACAUCGAGUUGGAAGCCGCCGUCAUGCAGCGGGUCUUCAACGAAAUCGACGAGGACAAAGAGGGUUCCAUCUCCGUGGAGGAGCUGCAGAAGGCACUUUCCUACCCGAUCGUGCGAUACGUGGUGGUGGAAAUUGCCAGCCUUCUCGAGCAGAAGCACGGGGGUGUUGUGGAGGCUUUUGAGAGCAUCGGAGAGAUCCGCCCCGGCUCAGUUUCAAAGGUUCCACCACCACCUUUGUCGGGUGAUCGGCCACCUGUGCGGCUUGCGGUCCACGAGGGCGUGUCGCAGGAGCACUUUCUAAAGGUGCUGAGGCAGCUGAAGGUCCUGGACAACAUCACGGACAGUGCUGCCACGAUGAUUUGGACCAGCCUCCAGCCGUUCACGAUGCAGGACUUUGUGCAGCGACUUCUGGAAGAACAUCGCCAGGCCGAGGAGGAGAAACAGCGCCACGAGGAGGACCGCGACAGGCGUGAGAAGGAGCGCAAGCGGCGUUUGGCAGAGUCGUUGUGCCUCGAUAGCCGACAGAGAGCGGCCAAGGAAGUAAAUUCCUGGCUCGAUGAAGUUCGCUACCUCGAGGCCACAGUUGCUUCUCCGGUCACCACUCGGUGGGCAGCCCUGGCCCGUGUGGGUGCGUCCAAGACGCAGCUGCGCGACUAUGUUUCUGUGCUCCAGGGUCUCAUCAACUCGAGCAGAGAGGGCGUGGAGGAGCUCAAGCGCAUUUUGGGCAUCGAAGCCGGCCUACCAGGGCCCCCGGCAGCCUCACCGACGCCAUUUGCGGGCGGCAGUACGCCGGGCUUCUUCGGAGGCUCAGACAGCCAGCAGCCUGCACAAAGUGGCGGGGGCACGCCGCUGAGGCCUCUCGGCCCGGCCCCUUCGCCGCAGGGCGGAAGCCUGGAUGAGAACAUGCAGUCUGAACAUCGAACUCGUCUCGCGGAGCGCCUCUGCCAGGCGGCGACGGUGGGCGAUGUCGGGGCCGUGCAAAGGAUCCUCCUCCGCCGGGCCGAUCCCAAUGCUGUGGUCUGGGGCGGGGUCACAGCACUGAUGAGUGCUGCGCGCCACGGCAGGAUUCAGGUUGCUAAACUGCUGCUCUCGAACUCAGCAGAGCCAGCUCGAACCGACAUGCUUGGACGAACGGCCCUGGACCAUGCUCGUUCUCAGCCGGCACGUCAGCGAGAGUGGCUGCGUGGGAGAGGGGUGCUGGCGCGGGCCGAGCUAGAGGGCUCCGCAGAG